AUGCCCCAGCUUUUUAUGCUUUCAAAAACAGGAUCGGCAGAAACUAUAACUGCCCAUUAUCUUUUUGCUCUAGGUAUUUAUCGCGGUCUUUAUAUCCUCAAUUGGGUUUAUCGUUAUUAUAUGGAAGAUUUUUUGGACAUUAUUGCUUUGGUUGCUGGAAUCGUUCAAACUGUUUUGUAUGCCGAUUUCUUCUAUCUUUAUGUUAGCAAAGUGGUCCAACAAAAGUAUAUUUUAUUUAAUUUAAACAAGUCUUGCGAGAGUACUCAACCAGGCCCGUAG